ACUGACGACAGACACAGCUCCAUGAUUUCUUUCUGUCCUGUGGCUAAAGAGGAGCUGAAAAACAAUUCAUAAAUGUUUUAGAAUAUCAAACAAAUGUCAGAGGCUUAACUAUGGCUGAACGCAGGCUUGGGAGCCCUGGUCCUACUGCAGCCAUAUCCUGCCUAGUUUCCAUGUCUCCCUGCCGCAACACUCCCCAUUCUAAUGUUAAUCAGUUGUGUUGGAGUAGGGAGACUGAAAAUAAUACUGGAACAGGCAGGGUUCCCUACUCGGGACAACCUUCUGCUUGACAGUGCCUAGAGUCUCGGCAAACAUGGCAAGCAGGAGGCUCAAAGCUACUUGUCCUGUUAUACCUUGACUGGAUCUCAUAAUGGGAUUAUCUAUUCUCAGUGCGCCACACAGUGAGUCCAAAUGCAAUACAGAGUAGUCGGUCACCAUGAAAUAGGUGAGAGGUAGCGCUAAGGAAUUGUAUUCUCCUAAAUCAGAAAAUGGAGCUGUAGAGCAGUCAUGCACCCUCAGCUGGAUGCGGAGGCAAACGGCUGUCAGGCGUCAUUUCAUGACAAUGACGACAGUGAUUCAGAAAGCAGUCAGGAGGAGCCACCACCAACUAACUGGAAUGAACUGUCCAUCAUAGAUCGAGUGGGCCUCAACAGUGUUGAGAUGUCAGAGACCGAUUUGGAAAAGCAGUUCACUCAGAUUGCCUUGGCCUUCCGAUGUGACCAAUACACCUUGAAGCAGAGGCUCCAGGCAGAAGAGCAUGCUCGCAACCUGGCCGAGGAGAAUGUCCUACUGGAGCUUUCCAGAGGCAGAGAGACGCUGGAGGCAUUAAAAGGUCUGUGUCUGGACAGUAAACGUAGUAAAAUCGUGCAGAAGUUGGAGUUGUCGCUGGACAUCCUCACUGGCACCGUUGAACGCAUCUCCAACACGGCCGAGGUCCUUGGAGCAGUACACCAGGAGGCUCGUGUGAGUCGCGCAGUGGAGCUCAUGGUGGCUCAUGUGGAGAACGUCAAGAGGCGACUGGAGCGACAUGAGACGGAGCUGGAGGAGGCCAAGAAAAUGAUCCAGCAGCAGAAUUUCCGAAGGAGCAUCGAUGAGCCUGGAGAUGUGGACGAAAGUGACAACUGGAAGAAAAGCUUUCUGCAGAAUGGCAGUCGUCGCAGAAUCAGUGUGUCACUGAUUCCAAGUGACAUCGAGCCUCUCAAGAAGGCAAAGCGAGAUUCCAAGAAACGGCGCACUCGUAGGGAAGCUGACCCGGGCAGUAAGUUGUUCCCUGCUUGCCCGUCUCCCUGCUUGAGCUCUGCAUCCAGCUGCAGCGGCAUCAACAAGGACGACAACAACUUGGUGGAUGACAGCCCACUUGAUCCAGAUGAAGUAUCUGCCCAUGUGCCUCACUCAGAGCCACCUCCCCAUCCGUCUCCCAUCCCAGAAGGUCUUGUCCCAUGUAAAGGUGGAAAGGUGCCACACAAAAGUUGCAUGCCGGACACAACAAGGCAAAGGCACAAGAGCAAAUCUUCAAUGGCAAAGAAAAAGACUGCCGACAAGGAGAAGAAAAGGUCAAACGUCUGCCAAAGGAUUUCUGUAGAGGGCUCGCCGUCCAGGCAGCGCCCACUGGCUCGCCAUCGCUCCCUGAUGUUCUGUGUCUUUUUGCUUCUUUCCGUCAUCACUUGGAUUUUUUUCUUUGUGUAAGAAUGCUAAAAGUAACAUAGUAUGGGAAAUAUACUUUGAAAUGCCCAUAUAUAUUGGAAAAAGUCUUAUAUUGGUAAAAUGGUGCCUGCCCCCCAUUACGCUCUGUGUGAAAUUAAACAGCAAAAAAGUCAA